AUGGACAACCGCCGGCAGGAAUCUUUCAAACAGCUUCGCGCGCCAUGCGUCGAGCUAAGCUCCGUAGGACUUCGCUUCCGAGGAAACCAAGCAACCGCCGCCGAGGUCUCCCGGGCUCUUGAGCCUGUGCAGAAUUGCUUGGAAGAGCUUGCGGACGGAAACAUCCUCGACGAAAAGUUGGCCGAAUAUGCCUUCUUCCCUCUAUCACAUAUCUUCAACGAGACCCAAAGGAUAUCUGCACGAUGCCUCGAGACCGCUGUUAAUUGCUUGCGCAUAUUGGUUGCGAAUGGAUGGCGACAACGGCUUUCCCCGGCAAUGGGGAAACAGCUGGUAAUCUUGUUGACGCUGAUUGUUGGUGGUUCUCCGGGCAAGGCGGAAGAGAAGCAAUUACCAAAACCCAAGGUAUCAGAAGAGCUUUGCGUUGCCGGCUUUAACUGCCUCACUGCUAUCUUCACUGUUCUAGAGGGUCCCACCGCAGAGCGAACAAUCUACCACGAGAUCGGAACGGCGACGGUAGUCGACCAGACGGUUUACAUUCUGCUCGAGGGGCUAAGCGAUGACAGAUCAGAUGAUAUCUGUCUAGCAGCCGCAAAGGCUUUGCAGGCUCUUUACAAGCGGGUAACAGAUCGGGUGGUGCUUGCUAGCGUAAUGCCACGAACUGUUUCGGCACUGGCCAAGAUUCUGAGGCCCACCACGCAAGUUCGAAGAUCAUGGAAGCUACUUCAAGUCUCUUUGCAGAUUCUCACAGAGCUCCUUAGAGCUGUUCUGAAUGACCGAGUUGCAUCAGAAACAGCUCCUCCUGGGUUGGGUAGUGACAAAAUGGCACUGGAUGAAUCUUGGUUGAAAGCAACUACCACGCAGAUAAAAUUGGCCUUAGCCAAUGUAAUCCAAGUUCGGCGACAUCAAAGGCCAGAGGUUCAGUCUGCCAUUCUUGAACUAUGCCUGAUGACCAUCGAAGAGUGCCCGGUCACACUCUCAGAAUCGCUCCCAAUGAUGGUCGAAACGGUGAUCGUGCUGGCCGAGAAAGAGGAUCGAGGACCCAAUCAAGCCUACCAAAACGCGACCCAUCUUGCUACGACAUAUCCUUCAGUACUUGACUCGCUGAAGGAAUCGUUGCAUACUUGGCUCGCUUCUUUCCCUCGCAUCAUGCAAGGAAAUGACGAAACCGCCAAACAAUGGGGACUGCGUCAAAUAUCUACUGUCUUCCAGGUACUGUCCCAGGUUCAGUCGGGCUCAGACUUGCUUACCAACGGUCUGGCAUCUGGUCUAUGUGAUAGCGUUGGCGCCAUUGUUGGCCAAAGUUCAAAUUCUCUUCAACCGCUUGCCUCAAUGGACGGCACCUUCAGCUGGGAAGUAUUGAGCACAGAUGCUAGAUCCAAAGCAUUCCCGCCAAUCAUCCUGGAACAUCAAAGUCAGCAACAAACUCUCAUUGAUCUACGAUUGAUGAUCACAAGACUGAAUUUGUCUGACUCCGGGGAUGAGAUCACUCGAUCCAUCGUUAAUCGCAUGCACACAACAUCGAAUGACUCUGCAAUCGCACCAUUCUGGCUAGCCAUGACAUUCCUCAGGGAUAGCACAACAGCUACGACUAGCUUCGAUGAUUUUAUUGCGCUUGAUCAAGUCGAAGGAUCUCUCUCACCAUCCGCUCGCGGCGGGAUGAUCGAGGAGAUGUAUUAUAUCUCACUGAACAUUCUGAACGAGCUGCCAGUUGAUGGCUCUGGUGAUUGGCGCACGUCAGCACUUGCAUUGGAGUCCGUCGCUCUUCAGGCUCAACAAUUAGGAGAAUCUUUCCGCCCCGAACUCAUGGACGCUUUGUAUCCAACGUUGCAGCUAUUGGCGUCUCAAAAUCCUAACCUUCAGCGUCAUGCCAUGGUCUGCCUCAAUAUUCUGACCAGUGCUUGCAACUACAAAGACACCAGCUCUAUGAUCAUAGAGAACGUGGACUAUCUUGUGAACUCGGUGGCUCUGAAACUCAACACCUUCGACGUGUCACCAUAUCCCCCACAGGUUCUUUUCAUGAUGGUCAAGCUUUGUGGCGCUCGCUUGAUUCCAUACCUGGAUGAUCUCGUUGACUCGAUCUUUGGUAUCCUGGAUCUCUACCAUGGCUAUCCCAAGCUCGUCGAGAUGAUGUUCAAGACCCUUGCUGCUGUCGUGGAGGAAGGAGCCAAGAAGCCAGCACUGCUCACGAUUGACGAAGGCAAAGAAAGCGGCCCUCAGGAAACGCAGAAGUCUCAAUAUCAACAUAUCUCUGUUUCGAGCAUCGCUGCGGACAUCGCCAACCGGAAAUCGAAACGCUCCCAACAUGACGAGGAAGAUGAAGUAACCUCUCAUCCCAAGAAACCGUGGUCAGAAACCUAUGAAAAGCCACCACCGGAACCUUCAAUCGAGGAACUCCUCAACCAAGCCGAGUCAGACGAGCCUCUGCCACCACCAAAGGAGCCCGACGAUGCCGAAAAGCCACUCAGCAAAACACACAACCUCCUCCUCCACAUCGUCAAAUCAAUCCCAUCUCACCUAACCUCACCCUCUCCUUACCUCCGCCGUUCCCUCCUCUCAAUCCUAAUCGACAUUCUACCAGCCCUCUCCCAAAACGAAAACAGCUUCCUCCCUCUAAUCAACGAUCUCUGGCCCACAGUCGCAAGCCGCAUCAUCUUCCCAUCUUCAAUGGAAACCUCAUCCUCUAAAUCACUUAUCACCUCCACCUCCGAACCAAGCAACCCAACAGACUACCAAGAAGAAACCUUCGUCACAGUCGCGGCCUGCGAGGCCAUCGAAGCAAUGUGCAAAGGAGCAGGUGACUUCAUGGCCACAAGAGUCCAGACAGACUUCCCACGCUGGGACAAACUGUAUCGACGCGUCUGGGAGAAAGUACGAGCCGACGCCGUAGCUGCAAAUGAGCGACGUGCGAGAUCUCAACCAAACCAGGGAGAAUCAGAUCUAGCGUCCACGUUGCAAAUUGCGCUUUCCUCGUCUUUGGCUCUCUCUCCUUCCACGCCGGGCUCGAAGUUCUUUACCUCGCAUCAUCGUCUGUGGCGCGCUUUGGUUUCGCUCUUUCUAACGGUUUUGUCGCAUGUGCGAUUGCCUUUGGAUAUUGGUGAUCGGAUUUGUGAGGUGCUUGGUGGCUGGGUUGCACUGUUUGUCGGUCCUGAGUAUUACUUCACUGCUGGCAGGGAUUCAAUGGCCGCAGAUGAGGUUCUUGGGUCUGUUGAGGGGGCUAUUCGGGCCAUGGAUGCUUGGAACGGGGACCUGACGUGGUUCAUCUUCAUGCGACAUCGCGUUAAAGCAAAAUCUGUUUCCACAAAGCAUUGUGGCGCUGAUGUUGGUGGUGAGGGUUUUCAACUUGCUGAGGUUGUGUUCUAA